AUGCAGCGCUCGGUGUAUAACCCGUUAGUUGAAUGAGGCUUGAGAUCACUUGCACUGGUACGGAACUCGUUACAGACUGAGGCAAAUUUGGUAGCUGCAUUAUUAUCUGAUAUCCAUUUGAAAUUCACUGGAAAUCAUGACAACCUACAUGCCACCGAUGCAGACGAAAGCGAGAGCAGAGAAGGCACCACCGCAAGGCCUAAACUCCACAAACAGAGUCUUUGGAAACUACGAUGAGAAGAACACACGUGGCAUGUACAACGGCUCUCACUAUGCCAGGACAUUCAAGGGAGAGAAGCAUCCUUCCCAACCCCAACCAAGGUUAAGUUCGGCCACCAGGCACAACAAACCCCACCCUGAGGGUGUGGGCUUUCUCAUCCAGGACUGUGCGACGCUUCAUGACCCCAUCUGUGAUGUCAAGACGAAGGUCAACCCCAACGAUGCUCACUGGUGGCCUUCCAGGGAGAACCCAAACACCAAUAAGAACCCAGUUUACACCAAGGACACCAUAAGCAGGAGUGAUUACAAGACGUAUAAGGAUAGACCUAAGGGACAAACGAGACACGGUAGUAACCCGCACACCAUGCCUGCACAAGGACCAGUUCCUGUAACACAAUUAGCAAACCCGACCGGACCUAGACUUCUGAUGGAGCGAAUCUCAUAUCAGCAUGGUUAUGACAGCCGUAAAACAAACAACCUACAGCAAAGGGGCAAGCUCCAUGGAAACUUUGUAUGGGACGUCUUCCACCCCACCUCACAACCAGACACCAAGGAUGUCCCCUCAAGACCAAGACUCCCAGGGCGGGGCAGCGAGGGUAUGCGCAACAUCAUGAUGCACGACCUCACCCACGAGUCCAACCGAGCCGUCCGGGAGGCGCAGUUCCCCGGUCAAUACCGACCCCUGAAGCCCAUCGCUGGGAAGAUCGGGGGAAAGCAAGAGGGAAAGAUUGUGCCGACUGAUGUUCCCAGUGCCGGACUCAGACAUGAUACAGUGCCAACUCUCCCUCCAAUUGGAAUGUAGGAUGGUGAACUGCUUUAUAUGUCCUAUGGAGUUUAAUGGUGCUUCCUUUGGUGGUGUGUUCUUGAUUCAGAUCAGACUUCCAAAAUUCCAUUUUUUCUCAAUUAUUGUGCUGAUAGAUAGCAUUUGCCUUUACUAUCUUUAAGGUAAAGGAUAUUAUUUUUCAUCUUGCUUCAGUCAAUUUAAGUCUUUGGCAUUGAUUCAUGAUCCACCCUGAGAUCGACAAGUUGUCAUUCAUUAGGAGUUACCAAAGAUGUAUAAAUAAAGGGGAAAAAAACAGAUGUGAACAAUUUUUAAGUCACCAGUGCCAUAAGUUUAGUCAUGACAGUUCAGCACUGGGUCCUACUGGAAAUGUUGAAGUCUAAAGCAGCUGCAGGCAGCUGAUGAACAGU